AAGCAAAAAAUGUCUGCCUAAGGGAAACUCGUAACUGAUAUAUAUAGAGGAUAUUUUCCCACUCAUAGGCGCUCAAGCCCACAUUUCGCCUGUUUGAGGGGUGUUGACAGAAAGCGACUCUUCACCAGAUCACCCUAGUCGGGAUUUUAUUCGGAAAACAGGUUUCUAGAUCGCCAGGAUGAAUCCUCAGCAGCGGAUUGCCGCUCUCGGAACAGACAAGGAAUUAAGUGACCUGCUGGAUUUUAGCGCGAUGUUUUCUCCGCCUGUGAGUGGAGGAAAAAACAGGCCUACAACACUUGGAAGCAGUCAAUUCAGUGCAGCAGGUAUGGAUGAGCGGACCACCCAAGCAUCGUGGGCCCCAGGUGGCGAGUCCAGUCCCUCGUAUGAGUCCUCGCGGGGUUUCGCAGACAGCCCUCAUUACAGCGAUCAUUUGAGUGACAGUCAAUUAGUGUCCCAUGAAGGAUUGUCCCCAACACCUUUUAUGAACUCAAACAUAAUGGGUAAAUCAGACAGGCCUUCAUUUCUUGGCUAUGGGAGGGAUCCUGGAGCACCUGGCUGUCCGCCGUCUAUAAGGCCCGACGUUGGGUUAACGAGUCCUAGUUCUGCAGCAUCGGGGAAAUCCUCGGCUCCGUUCUAUUCCUUCAACGCAGCCAAUCCCAGAAGACGUUCUCUACAAGAUCCUCCACCAGUUGAUCCACUACAAACAAAAAAAGUUCGCAAGGUCCCCCCUGGCCUGCCUUCAUCUGUGUACGCACCAUCUCCAAACUCAGAGGACUUCAACAGAGAUUCUCCUUCGUACUCGUCUCCUAAACCCUCCAGCAGUAUGUUUGCAAGCACUUUCUUCGAYGGUACCCACAGUUCAUCUGACCCAUGGAAUCCGUCCAGUGGGAUCAGCCAGCCCGGCUAUGGGGGAAUGCUCCCGGGAUCCUCGGCUCACAUGGCACAGUCAGGAAACUACAGCAGCCUGCACUCACACGACCGUUUGAAUUACCCUGCACACUCCGUCUCUCCGGAUGUCAACGCCAGUCUUCCUCCCAUGUCAAGCUUUCACCGGAGCAACACCAGCACUUCACCAUUUGUUACUGCGGCACACACCUCGUCCGUCGCCUCGGCUGACGGGAUCAUGGUUGCUGCUAAUCGGGGAACGGGAACUGGAAGCUCGCAAACCGGAGACGCACUUGGCAAGGCUUUAGCCUCGAUUUACUCGCCCGACCACACGAGCAGCAGCUUCCCAUCCAAUCCGUCGACACCUGUGGGUUCACCUUCACCUCUGACAGCCACAGCAGGUGCAGCCUCAGCAGGUACAGUCGUGGCUGCAGCYGGCACCCCGUCUGGAAGGCCAGGUACCAACCAGUGGCCUCGUCCAAGUGGACAGACCCCCUCUUCACCAAAUUAUGAGAACUCUCUUCACUCGCUGAAAAACAGAGUUCAUCAGCAGUUACAUGAGCAUCUCCAGGAUGCCAUGUCUUUCUUAAAGGAUGUCUGCGAGUCUCGAAUGGAGGAUCGUCUGGACAGAUUGGAUGAUGCAAUCCUUGUUUUGAGGAACCAUGCAGUGGGCUCCACCGCCGGUCUGCCCAGUGACAUACACAGCCUGCUGGGACAGGCUCAAAACGGGCCAAUAACAGCCAUUGGACCAAACUUUCCUUCCUCUACACUAGUUCCGAGUCGGACUGCAACAAUGCAGGGCGGCGAUGACGCUGCCAGCCUGAGCAACAGCCAUGGAGGCCUGCCCAGCGCCGGCUCCACGUCCAGCACGGAGCUCAACCAUCAGGUGGAGGCAUUCAGAGGUCUCACUCCGGGCCUGCCUGGCCAGGUUCCCUCCACCCUGGAGCUGAAGGUCGAGAAGCAGGAAAAGGACGAUAUGCACGAUAACCUCUCCGAUCGAUCGGAUGACGAGAGCGACAGAAGAGACAUGAAGACACCCAGAACGGGCCCACGCACCAGCAGCAUCACCGAAGACGAGGAUCUGAAUCCAGAGCAGAAGGCUGAGCGUGAGCGCGAGAGGAGGAUGGCCAACAACGCGCGCGAACGCCUGAGGGUCCGAGACAUCAACGAGGCCUUCAAGGAGCUGGGCCGCAUGUGCCAGCUGCACUUGAAAAGCGAGAAGCCUCAGACUAAACUACUCAUCCUGCAUCAGGCUGUGGCCGUCAUUCUCAGCUUGGAGCAGCAAGUCAGAGAGCGGAACCUAAACCCCAAAGCAGCCUGCCUUAAGAGACGGGAGGAGGAGAAAGUGUCCGGCAGCUCCAGUGACGCUCCGCAGGGUCACACGGGAGUCCAUCCGGGCCUGACCGACACAUCUAACCCAAUGGGCCACCUCUGAGCAGCAUACAGAUCGGUGCAACGCUUUUCGUUUCGGUCCUGUUGGAGUUGGUGACCUUGCUUCCCAGUGACAGACAGGACUCACAGUUUGUGACCCCAAUUGGAGGAGACAGACCACUUGAAGCAAAAACUACGAGUCCAACACAAUCCAGUCCUCAGAUUAAAAAAAAAAAAAGAAARAAAGCCAGGCGUCCAGCUUGGAAUUUCCAUCUGCAGAUUUUUCUCCCCACAAGAAAGAAAAGAAAAAGAAACCAACCUCAGCACAUAUCACUGUCUGCAAAGAAGUGUGUUGCUUCUGAACAAUCAGAGACUACGCAAUCUCCUCCAACCCUACGUGGAAAUUGCUUUGUGCCUAAACUGAAUUGACGAAUGCAUUGUAACAGCAGUUUUUUUUUUUUACGUUUGUCAGUUUUUUUCUAUUUAUUAUAUUAUUGAACUAUAAAAUGUACAUCUAAAGGGAAAGGUAGGUGAAUUCAAAGAGAAGCAUGCAGCUUUUUCAGUUCCUCUAUAGUUUGCCAGCAUCACUGAUCAAACUGAGCACUCCUCCCUGCUGAGUCUGGGAAAACAUUUGGGCACUGAGAACAUGAGAUUAAUUUAUUGGACAGUUUAGAGUGAUGGUUUAACCCAAACAAAAAAAACACCCCUUUGUUUUAAAAAGAGAAUAUGUUAUUUAUAUAUUUUAUUCUGCUUUGUGCCGCUGACCACUUGUGCAGCCAAAACUACCUAAUAUUUGUUUCUGUCGUUGAGAUCUGGCCCUGCGUGACUGAGCAGGAUUAGCAUCAAGAUUGUCUAAAAAGRUGACCAAUGAGUGGCAAACUGUAGUUUUACUGAAAGCUCAGAUUUGUUCCCCCCCCCACCCCCGUAGGUAGUGACGUUGAACRUACGGUGAACUUAUUGUUCCCUUUAUCUUCACUGCCUCAUUUUUCCUUUGCCAUAUAGUGUUUAUUACCAGAUUACAUCCUGAUCACAACACAGGGAUU